AUGCCCUUGUAUGACUACAUCUAUGGGACAAUGGAUGAAAACUCAGAUACAUUAUACGAGAAAUCUAUAGAAAGAGCAGAAGAUAGAGUGGACGUGGUGCACUUAACUCACUUGACGACCCCUGAGUCCAUUUACCAUUUGCGCAUUGGCUUGGCUUCAUUUGCCUCCUACCCCUUCUCUUAUAGAUGGUUCAUGCGCCUUUUGUGGCCUUUCACCUCUCUCUCCAUGCUCUUCACUCUCUUCUACGCCCGUCUCUUUGUCGCUGAGAGUAACUCAUUCAAGAAGCUCAACUUACAAUCUUGGAUCAUACCCAGAUAUAAUCUACAGUACUUGUUAAAGUGGAGAAAAGACGCGAUUAACAACAUGAUUGAGAAAGCGAUACUGGAGGCAGAUGAAAAAGGAGUGAAUGUGCUUAGUCUGGGUCUCAUGAACCAAGGGGAAGAGCUGAACAUGAAUGGAGAGGUGUAUAUCCACAAGUAUCCCAAAUUGAAAGUGAGAGUGGUGGAUGGCAGUAGAUUAACGGCAGCCGUUGUGAUCAACAGUCUACCCAAAGCAACUACAAACGUCGUGAUGACAGGCAAUCUCACAAAGGUCGCCUACACCAUCGCGUAUGCUCUCUGCCAGCGAGGCGUCCAGGUCUCGACUCUGCGCCUAGACGAGUAUGAGAAACUAAGAUCAUAUGUUCCACGAGAAUUCGUAAACCAAUUGGUCCAUUUAAGUUCCGAAGCACUUUCAUCAAACAAGAAUUGGUUGCCGAGGAAGGCAAUGAGUGCAGUUAGAGUGGCCGGCGUAUUGCAGGCCUUAGAAGGAUGGGAAAUGCAUGAGUGUGGCACAUCCUUUCGCCUCUCAGAUUUGGACCAAGUAUGGGAAGCGUGUCUCAGCCACGGCUUCCAACCUCUCUCGCUUCCCCAUCAUUAG